UUGUAUUGGGUGUUGACGUUGACAGAAUUGACGUCUUAUCUUAAAAUAUUUUGAGAUUUUUGAUUUUUCAGUUGAUUUAAAUUAUAUUUGGACCUUAAAGAUUAGUUUCGUUUCUUCUAAUAAAGAAAAGAAAUAUUAAAUUUAAUGUGAAAUGUCUAAAAUAUUUAAAAACUCUUCUGAUAAACUUUACAUGAAUGGUGAUCAUAAAAAGUAUCUAUCGAGGAUUACGAAGACUUUGUAUUAUGGAAAAUUGCCGAAAACUGAUUGUCUAAGCUGGCCUGUGACCGAAUUCGCAGCAGACAUUUUUUCAGAAACGAAAAAGGGCAAAUCUUUGGAUAGACUUCAUUGCUAUAAAGCAGCAGAAAUAUCUAGGAAUGCUUGUGUGGCACCAUGCUCUCUGGUUUUGGCCCUUCUUUAUUUGGAUAGAUUGAAAACUUGCAAUCCUCAGUACCUGGAAAAAAUAUGCCCCUCUGAUUUGUUUCUUGUUUCAUUGAUGGUUUCUUGUAAAUUUCUUUUUGACGAUGGAGAAGGAGAUGAAGUGUUUUUGGAUGAAUGGGCUGCAUCUGGAGGUCUGAACAUUAAAGAUUUGAUACGACUUGAAAAGGAGUUCCUUAGUGCUAUUAACUGGGAGAUUUUUGUAAGCGACAAAAAAUUCAAUUCCAAGCUUCAAGAACUAGAAUUUAUUCUAGCUAUAAAGCAAGGCAGAUCUAGGGGUAACUUUACUUAUACAGAGCUCAAUAUUUUAUCAUCAACAAUAGAGAUACAAAAUAUAAUACACUGUAUAACUGCUAUUACUGUUAUACUUGCUUUAACCUAUCUAGCAGGAGUUUUAACAAUAGUAGGAUCUGUAUUUUUAACAAGUAAAGUACCUGGAACAAGCUUGCACGUUAAAAAAAUAGAGAAAUUGGAAACUGUUACACAAUUGACCUGGAAACCUGAUUAUACCCUAAAGACUGAUGUAGAUAACAUAAAAAUUAAUAAAACACAUGCAAGGAUUCAAACAGUAGUGGAUAUGUUAAAAACAAGUAUUCUACUUGCUUCUAUUAAUACUAACACAACUACUUAUGAAGAUACCACCAGUGACAUUCAAAAUGUAACAUGGGAUUAUUGGAAUAAUCCUGUUAUGGAUUGGUUGGCUAAAUCUUCUCAAAUUGUUACCAGUUUUACUACCGACAUGCAAUCCAAUUAUUUGCCUUACUACUUAGAGACUACUGUUCAUAAUAUGAAACAAAUAGAGUUAGAAGAUCAGAUACAUAAAGCAACUAAAACUAGAAUUCAGGAUCAACUUGAAUCAUCUUGGCAUGUUGAAUGGAUAGAGUCUUUGAAACUGGGAAUUUACACAAAAAGUGUUAGACUUGGAUAAAUAUUUUUUUUUCUUUUGAAAACAUGCAUAUGCCAGUUUUCAAUUAUUCUUAACAUUAAAAAUUAUCAAACAUUGUGAUUAAUUAAACUGUCAAAUGACAAUUUUUUCAUCUAAUUUUAGAAAGUUGACAAUAAUUAUAUUUUCUGUUUUUGAAUUCUAUUAAAGUGACAAAUUAUUGUACAGUAGUUUUUAUAAAUGAAAUGUCAAUAAAAUUAAUACAUUUUCAAAAAUAAAUGGUUUAAAAUCA